AAAUUUAUUUUGAUGAAUUAUCAAAAGAUAAAUUUCUUAAGAUAAUGUUUUUUAAAUUUUUGUCAUAAAAAUAGUUCUAAAUGGAAAAAAUGAUCAAAAUAAGUUUUUGAUCAUUUUUUAAAAAAAUCUAUUUUUAUGACAAAAAUUUAAAAAAAGAAACUAUUUGAGAGAAUAUCCCUUAUCAAAAUUACAUAUAUAAAAACCAAAGAAAUUAGACAGAUUAGUGGAUUUGUAGUUUUGUACUAACCUUAAUGAUUAAUUUAGAACUAUGGUAAAUAUUAGGCGAAUAAAAUCUGUCACUAUCAAUGCGUGCAUAAAGGUGCAAUAUCCACUUACAAGAUCCUUUCACCUGUAAUCCUUUUCAAUGUGUAGGUAGUAGUAUUGUAUUGUAGUAGUAGACUAGUAGUAGUGGUAAAAGUCAAACUAAGUGUCUGAAUGGUGUAAUGAAAGAAAGGCAGUUCACUCGUAAGUACAGUUUUCCUGUUUUAAAGUUAUUAUUCGCAUUUUUUUAAAAUAAAAUAUAUACCAGGUGAUCUGCAUGCAAAUCAAUAUUUUUUAUCUUUUUGUGAGAAAAAAUAGGAAAUCUGCAUGCAGAUUUCACUACCAUACAGGCUUCUAAUGGUAAAAGCAUUUCAAGCAGAUCAAGCAACACAAAUGCAGAUCAAGCGGAUCAUGCAGAGAGAACCAGAUCAAAUAAUUUAUUAUAACUUAUGAAUGAUAAAAUCAGUUCAAAACUAUAGAUCAUAUAUUAAAAUAAUAAAAAUGACACUUAGAUAUCUAAACAAAUAUCUUAGAUGUUAUAGGAUCGGUCGAAAUGUCUGUAAAUAUUUUAUAAGAUACUUAUACUUUUUUUUAUUUUCUUAUUUAUAAAAAUUAAAAAUUAUAUGACAAAAAAUAAUAAGUAGAGAAUGAUAAUUUUGUAUUGUAAAAGUUGAAAUAAAAUAAAAUAAAAAUAUUGUAUUCAUAAAACUAGAUAAAUAUAUUUUUAAAGUUAUGUAUUGUAACAAAGUUAUUUAUUGACCAAACAAAAAAAAAGCAGAUCAACACCACCAAAUAUUGGCGGGUGAGAUCUGCAUGCAGAUCUAUGCUUUUCCACAAAAAGACAAAAAAAUAUUAAACUGCAUGCAGAUCUCACGUUUGAACUGCUUUUACAAACAAAGGUUAUGGCUAUGAAUGUAACACAGUCCAAAUGCAGUACAUAUGCAGAUCAUUACCAAUGCAGAUUGAACUGCAAUUUUUUUUCCAUUCAAUUUUUCAAAUGCAAAACAAAAGAAAAUCUGAAAAUCUGCAUGCAGAAUAAAUUUGGUCAUUGAUUUAAUAAUCUGCAGGAGAGAAACGAAAGACACCAAAAACAUGCUGAGGGCCAAUGAGAAUCAUUUGUCUUUUGUUUUGUUUUUCUUUUUCUUUUUCUUUUCAUGCUACCAAUAAAUAUAUUCAUUUAAUUUAUUUCUUUCACUUUUAAAUUCACAUAAUAUUUCAUUUCAAAAGUACAUUUAAUAUAUUGUUCCAUCUUUUCAUUUUAUUAGUAGUUUAUUUUAAACGAAUUUUAUAAGCAUAUUUUAUAUAUUCUAUAAAUAUUUUAAUAGAAAAUUAUGUAUAUGUAGAUUACAUAUUCACAAUUUUAUAUAAUUUUUAAUAAUAAAUAGUCAUGCAUAUUAUUUUUAUAUAAUCUAAGAAUAUAUGUUUAUACUAAAUAAUUAUAUAAUGUAUAGUUAAGGAAACAUAUAUGUUAUAGUUUAUUUUUUUAUAAUUGAUAAUAUUUAACAUAAAUAAAAUAAUAUUAUUUUUAUGGUUGAGGAAACAAGUGCAGUUCUCCUGCCUCAAAUGUGUAUCCUGCUCCUCCAUUCGGAUACACAUUUGAGGCAGUUCAUAUGCAGUUCAUCUGAUUUCAUAAAUAAUUAAAUUUCAAAAUAUAUCUAAACCUCUUAUAUAAAUAUUAUAUUUUCAUUUUAGUUACUCACAAUUUUAAUAAUACAAAAAAUAUUGUUAUCUAUUUAGCUUUUUCAUCAGAUAAUUUUCAUAUCUAUUUUAAAUUAUUAUAUUUAUAUAAUAUAUGUGGCUUUAGUUAUAAUAUGUAUUAUAUAAAUAUAUAGUAUUGUAGUUUAUAUAUGUACACUAAUAAAAAAGAUAUGUAUAAUGUUAAUUGUUAAAGUUUUUAUAUAUUAUGUGUUUUGAUUUCUAUUAUAAUUUUAAUUAUUAAAAUAUAGAAUUUGUUUUAGUUAAACUGAUUUUACAAUUUAAAACUGUAAUAAACUAUUUGAUCUCCAUGAUAUGCACUUAUCUCGCUUGACCUGUUUAAUCUGCACUUGUCCCGCUUGAUAUGAUUGAUCUGUCCCACUUGAACCGUUUUUACCAUUCGAAGCCCUAUAGAUCAUAAAUUAUUGUACUACAAAACGGAUGCCAUGACAUAUCUCCCAAGUUGGAAUCACAGACGCAGCCAUAAACCCUCUCAAGUUUCACACGUCUCGUCCUCUUCUCUUCUUCCCCAAAAUUUUGCUCACAUCUGUACUUUUAUUACAUGUAUACUCAAAGAUCCCAAUAAAUACCUAAAAUAAAUAUAUAUCAUUAAUUAAUUCAAAUGUCCAGUUUAAUAUAUAUUUUCAAUAUGUAGUUGAAUAUAAAGCUUUUAUGUUUUGAUAAAUAUUUUAAGUUUGCUUCUGAAAUUUAAAUAAUAUUGCUUAGCACUAAGCUAUUACUAUUUGGUUUAAAACAUGUCCAUUACCUAGUGAAAAGUGGUUAAAAUAUUUGUUAGGCGAAUUUUGAUUAACUAUAACCAAAGUUCAAAAAGGUAUAUUGUUUUGAUCCCAUGCUUUUUCACAAAAAAAAACUUACUUUUUGUUUGCUACAAAUAAACUUAUACUUACUACUGUCGUUCACGCUUUUAUCCUAGAGUAUGUUUGACAUUUCGUUAAUAUUCUCUGAGAAACAAUUAAACAGUUAAAUAAAGAUUUAUUGUGUGUUUCAUACGAUAUGAUAUCAUACUGUAUGAUAUAUUUGUUAUAGAAAUUAAAAGAGUGCGCAAUAUGAUUAGAUUCAGGCAACCUUGAAUGAAGGGAGGAGUUUUCAAGCCAAAGGGCGAUGGCCUCACGUAACUUUGGGACAAACAUACUCAUAUGUCACAAACGUCACCUUUUUAUCUCGUUUUCCCUUUUCUACCAUUUUAAAAAUAUAUUUAACCUCUUUUUUCUCUUAGCUUUACUGGGUCCAAUUUUCAUAUGUUUUGUCAUAUGUUAGCAAAUUCUAAAUGCUGGGACAACAGAAAUCACAUUGAAAUCGCAUAUACAAAUUAUGUAAAUACUAGCAUUAGCUAUUUUGAUAUUUGCUUCUUGCUUUGAACUAGUCAUCUAAGUAAUAAAUAUAUAUAAAUUAUCCAAAUAGAAAACAUGGUAGGAGGUUGAUGAUAUAAGAAAGAAGUAGGUGGCACAAAAAACAUGUGAAGACUGAUGAGCCGUAGGAUGUGUAGUAGAUAAGGAGACUAACUAUAUUACAGGAAAUCAAGUCAAAGUUACAAUAAUAACUGCAAUGCGUCUUACAUGUGUUGCUUGUCAUAUUAUUAACCUAACAACUUUUUUCGUUAGACAUGAACAAAUAUAUAUAGUACGCAACAAUUUUAAAAUAAAAUCCACACAAAAAACAUACUUCAGUUCAGUAAAAGAAUAUUACUAUUACUAAGCAUCAUGUUGUCGGUCAGCACAAGCCGUGGCCAUCUCCUAUAUAAGCUCUGUUCAUCUUCUUCUCCACAUAACAGCCAUUCCCUCCUCUCUUCUUCCAAUCACAAAGAUUCAAUGGCUCCCUGCAUCGACACUUUCAGAACAUGUAAACCCCAGCUUUCUCAUGAAGACAACUCUCGGUUCUGUUACAUGAAUCUCUUCCGACCCGUUCAUCUCCCUUCACGAGCACCCAUCACUAACUCCCUGGACGGUGGUGAUGUCUGGCUCAAGAUGCUUGAAGAAGCCAAAUCCGACGUUGAGCAAGAACCCAUUUUGUCAAGCUACUAUCACGCUUCCAUUACAUCGCAUCCAUCGUUAGGUUCCGCUUUGGCGAACAUUCUCUCGGUAAAGCUCAGCACUUUAACCUUACCAAGCAACACCCUUUUCGAGAUGUUCAUCAGCGUUUUAGAAGAAAGCCCAGAGAUGGUGGAGUCGGUGAAGCAAGACCUAGUAGCAGCAAAGGAAAGAGACCCAGCUUGCUUAAGCUACGUCCAUUGCUUCCUAAGCUUCAAAGGCUUUCUCGCUUGUCAAGCUCAUCGUAUCGCUCACAAGCUCUGGUCCCAAGACAGAAAGAUCCUUGCUUUACUCAUCCAAAACAGAGUAUCCGAAGCUUUCGCCGUCGACAUCCAUCCGGGAGCCAAGAUCGGAAAAGGGAUUCUGUUAGACCACGCAACGGCCGUGGUGAUCGGAGAAACGGCGGUGGUUGGAGACAACGUUUCGAUUCUCCACGGCGUGACGCUGGGAGGAACAGGGAAACAGUGCGGCGAUAGGCACCCCAAGAUCGGGGAUGGGGUCUUGAUCGGAGCAGGGACUUGUAUACUAGGGAAUAUAACAAUCGGAGAGGGAGCUAAGAUUGGAUCGGGGUCGGUGGUGCUUAAGGACGUGCCGCCGCGAACAACGGCGGUUGGAAACCCGGCGAGACCGAUAGGUGGGAAAGAGAAUCGGAGAAUGGUUGAUAAGGUUCCAGGUUUGAGUAUGGACCAGACUUCGUAUUUGACCGAGUGGUCUGAUUAUGUCAUCUAAACCAACUGUAGUUAUUCCCGGUUGAUCUGAUUUUAUAAGUACUCUUUAACCAAAAUUUUGUAUAUAGCUCAACUGUUUGUUGGUGUUCAGUUACGAUGAUCCGAGAGUAAUAAUAUGAACUAGAUUUUGAUUCGAUUUAUGAAAGGGCGGGUUUUUUU